GAGGGGUGAGGGGGCAGACAGACAGACUGAGCGCAGGACAGCUGGGAGGGAAAAGAGGGAGGGAGGGAGGUCUAGGGGUUUAAGAGCCCCUGCACACGUUUGGGACCCUCACUUCUUCUGUUGCCUCCAUCGUCAUCUUGGAACUUUAAAAAAAAAAUAUAUAUAUAAAAAAAAAAAAAAGCAGGAUUGAACAUUUCUUAAAAGUUCGAUCGUAUUUUUUCCCCUCCCCGGGUUACCAGUGGCCAUCAUGAUGUCCUACUUGAAGCAGCCCCCCUACACGGUCAACGGACUCAGUUUGUCCGCCCCUGGGGUGGACCUGCUGCACCCUUCCGUGGGAUACCAAGUUGUAAUCAUGCAUUCGUGCGUGCACGCAGGCACGCCGAGGAAGCAGAGGCGGGAGAGGACCACCUUCACCCGGGCCCAGCUGGACGUGCUGGAGAACCUGUUCACCAAGACCCGCUACCCGGACAUCUUCAUGAGGGAGGAGGUGGCCCUGAAGAUCAACCUGCCAGAGUCCAGAGUGCAGGUAUGGUUCAAAAACCGCAGGGCCAAGCACCGCCAGCAGGCCCAGCAGAGCCAAGGCGGAGCACCGAGCAAAGCGUCCAGCACGAGGCCGGUGAAAAAGAAAGCCUCCCCGGUCCGGGAGGCCAGCUCGGACAGCGGGGCGAGCGGCCAGUUCACGCCGCCCUCCAACGCCUCUCUGCCGGCCGCGAGCAGCGCGGCGGCGCCGGUGUCCAUCUGGAGCCCGGCUUCCAUCUCGCCUCUACCCGACCCCAUGGCCACUUCCUCGGCUUCCUCCUGCAUGCAGCGCUCCUACCCGGUGACGUACACCCAGGUCACAUCGGGCUACAACCAGGGCUACACGGGCUCGUCGUCCUACUUGUCCGGCAUGGACUGCAGCUCGUACCUCUCGCCGAUGCACCACCACCACCAGCUGAGCUCCGCCAUGAGCCCCAUGAGCGGCGGAGGCGGAGGCGGCGGCGGCGGCGGGGUGUCCAGCCACCUGAGCCCGGCGUCGUCGCUCUCCGCAUCGGCGUACGGCUACGGAGGCACCGCGGACUGCCUGGACUAUAAGGACCAGACGGCUUCGUCCACAUGGAAGCUCAACUUCAACACGGAUUGUUUGGAUUACAAAGAGCAGCAAGCGGCGUGGAAGUUCCAGGUUUUGUGAUCCGACUUCCAGGCCCCGGAGGAGCGGGUCAGAGG